AUGUCGUGUCCUUUUUUAUGUGCCAGUUCGCGGCGCAGUCCUCUUCUGCUACAGAAGAAGACAGAGCUCGGCCAUUGUCUGUCUCCGCUCUCCGCCGCCGGCCGCUCGGCCGCCGAUGAAUGGGACAAGUUCACGAUCCGCGACAGAGAGGGCCGUAGCGCAGGCCUCAAGUGCGAGCGAGAUAGACGCCCGAUCUGCGGACGGGCCGAAUUACCGCUGCCCGAGUUUUGCUUUGAGCCGGCCGAUCCAGUUGCACCGCGUUCGGCGCACGAGUCGCUCGUGUGUUGGCGGCCCGCG